UCGAUUUACUUUGUACUCAAUUUGUGACGGUUUUCGUCUGCGAAAAGUUGGGAAGAAGCAUACUUGGUAGCAUAUUUUGUUUUAACUCGCACAAACUAAGGCAGAGAGAUUGAUUUCCCUGAAGAAAUCUACAUUUUAAGCUUUCAAACCGCUUUUUACCUUCAGUAGGUUUAAGAAUGGGUCAAAGUGACACAGAAAGCACAUCAUCUUCCAUGAGAGGAAAUCCUGGUUCUCCACGUGACAUUUCUGUUCUUUUAGAUGAACCUAGUGCAGAGAUACCAAGCUUUCAUCAUCCAGGACAUAUUUCCCCAUCAGUAUCAACUUCAUCUAGUGACACAAGUGAACUGGAUAGUUCAGUAAUUGUUAUAAAUCAGACACCUAAGCGUACAGAGAUCCCUGUUAUUGAUCUUACGUCACCAGAUGAAGGUGAUGAGGGUUCAGCAAGAACACAGGGAAAUGCAGCAGCUCCUCCUCCAUGUGAGGACUUUGCACAGUUUGCUUCUAAUUUCCGUUGGCGUCUUCAAGGACGUGACUCCAGAGGGCAACGUUUUCCUCUCAAUGAAAGUCGUUUACGUUCACGUCGGUUUCGAGGCAGGCAUGUCCCUUACACAAAUUUAUUUGAGCGUGGUCCUUCAGCUGCAGGCAGGAAUGAAGCACUAUUAGCAGAAUUUGCUGACUUUGCACCAAGGCCAGCUCCUUCUGGAGAAAAUAAUACACCUAUUGUUAUUGAUGAUGAGAGAUUACCUUUUGCUCAACACCAAGUUCCACCAAAUGAUGCACCAAGUUGGUUUCUGUCAGAUAGACAACAUCGCAUGGAACGUUUCCGUCGCCGCCUCAAUGCCUCUCGGCAAUCCACAAGGUGCUAUCUUCAGUCAGAUGAGGCUCUCGCUCACAGAUUACAACAGGCUGAAUAUACACGCGACGUAGAAGAAAAUGUCCAUGAUGCUGGGGAUACAACCCAAUCAUCUGGAGCUAGGAUUGGUGGCAUACAUGCAAUACCUCCUACUGUGCACCAGCCACCAGCACCCUCUCUACAGGUACGACGCAGACGUCCAUUCCACACAACUUUUGCAAGCCAAGGCUUUCCAGAACUACUUCUUCCUUUUGUGUCUGUUGUGUCAUUUCCUCCCCCACCUCUUCAUCAUUAUGGGGACUCUACCUCUGGGCAUUCAACUGAGGGAGAGGACUAUGAGGCCUUGUGGAAUCUCAGUGAGAGGAUAGGAUUAGCCAAGGCUCGAGGGCUUAGCAAAGAAGUAAUUGAUAACAUUCCAAGUUUCCGCUACAGUGCAAGCUCACGAGAUUAUUCCAAUGGAAAUUGUGUGGUGUGCAUGAGCGAUUAUAGCAAGGGUGAAAAACUACGACGUCUACCUUGUAAUCAUGAUUUCCAUGCCAAAUGUAUUGAUCGUUGGCUCAAGAAUAAUCGAACCUGUCCUGUGUGCAGAGAAGAAGUCAUGGAAUCUUGAUCUUUGCCUAACUUUUAAACAAGCUCCAAUUAUUCCUUAAGAUGAUUAUAGAAAUUUUGCUGUUGAAAUUGAUAUAUAUAUAUACAUAUAUCUACAUAUAAUGAUUAAUGCAUUGUUGUUAUUCUACACUCCUGACAUUUGUAAUGUUUUGCAAACUCUUGUUCAGUCUGUUAGAAAGAAAGAGAGAAGAUUCAUUAUAUGCUUUAGAAACAACUCCAACUUAUCAAUAGUUUUUAUAUUGCAUUGCUAAAAUAUCUUCAAAAUUGUUGAAAUAGUUGUAAGCUUCAAGGAAUAAUAGUAAUUUUGUUCCCCCCACGAGUAACAGUUCCUUUAGUCAUUUGUGUACUAAAUAUAGUUUUCUUGAGAUCAUCUUAAGUAAGAGGGUCGUUGUGGCAUGUUCAGAUCAAGGUACUUUCUCACUGUACCUUCAGAGUUUCCUCUGUCAGUUUUGUUACACGUUGAACACAGCUUCAAUCCAUCUUGUGAAAGAGCCAUGUCAACAAAUGUGUUGCAAUAUAUUUCAAAUCCAGCAAAAGUAAUUUUACAAUUGAUUGUAUUCAUACUUUCAGGAUGUUGUGGGAGUAUUUUUGUUGGCACUGUCAGAUGUAAUAAGCAUAAGUUUCAAUGUUGCACCUUCAGCACUUUCCAGAAUUAUUUUUAAAUCUAGGACCUUGUUUAUUUUUCCAUGCACUGCAAUCCAGGACUGAAGGAUGAGUUUAUAUGACUUGGCUAGGAAAUAUCUUUAAAAUUAUAUUGUUAUGAAAUGAAAGAUUCCUAUAUUCACAUUUGUAAGUCUAGAAAUAAUUUCCUCUAACAUUGGUUUGAACUCAGAGAAGUUGCCACAGCUCACUUGUAUGAUAGUUAAUGAAUUAUGUGAAGACCCAUAGUGAAAUUUGUACAUAAUAUUUAAAGAAGCUUGAGUAUGUAGACCAAUUGCUUUUAUUAUAUAUCAAGGCACUGCCAUAGCAUUAAACACAUUUAUACAGCUUUAA